AUGGCUGCACUUGAGUUGUACAUGCCCAAAGUACCUAUGCCCAAAGUACCUGUCAUGAUCUCCAAAGUACCAUUUUUGCAAGUGGGUUCAUCUUUGGUGUCAUUUUUAACGAAAUAUUCUUUGAUUUCUAGUGGGGAAGAACAAACAUGGUGGGGAUGGCUGCAGUCAGCAAAAGAGAAGGUUGUGUCACAGUCUUCUGAGGUACUGGAGUUUGUCAAGAAUGACAUUGAUGAGUUUCGGAAGGUGGUUUCAGAGGAAGCAUCCACAGUUGUCUCUUCAACUGCCACUGCCCUAAAAACAAAGCUCAAGCUGGAUGAGGAUGACAGUACUGCUGCCAACGUGAAGAAGAGCGUCAGUGGCUUCCUAUCACACGUUGCGGAUGUUUUCACGCCUCCUCCUAAUGAUGAAGACGAGGAAGCAUUUGUUAUUGCCAACCACCAGCCUGUGAUGAUCUCCAAGCUUGAGGCAGCGGUAUAUGCCUCCAUUCAGGAUCCAGAUGUAUUUUUAGAAGAUCCUAAGGAUGAGGCAGAUUAUUCUGCCUGGCUUGAAUCUUUUGAUUUGAAAGAAAAACAAAUUGAGAUUGCAGAUCUACUCGUCACAUGCAAGCCUCUUCAUAAACAUUUCUCCAACCUCGUUCCUCAACAGGUCUCGCACACGCUGUUCUGGCACCGCUACUUCUACCUCGUGCAUCGUCUGGAGCAGCAGCAAGAGAAGCGCCAGCAGAUCACCAGUAGAGUCUCUAGCUCACCUCAGGAAGAUUCCCUUCUCUGGGAGGAAGACGAGCCUAUCGGACCUGAGGUUGACAUCCCCGAAGACGUCCAGACGCAGCUACUACAGCAGUACGAGCAGGAGCUUAUGACAGCCUCCACCACUGCCACUGCAACCACUGGCCCUGCAACCACUGCCCCCGUCACCACCGCCCCCACCAGAAGCGCUCCUGAUGCUGAUAAAUCCUCGACCACUGCCGGUCCUCACACCGAGCAGCCAAAGUCCACGAUCACCGAGGAGCUGUUAUCCCCAACUUCCGAUCCAAGUGUCCCCGCAGAGACGCCAUCUCAGAUAAUGCGACAAGCUGCAACCAAGAAGAACAAAUCAAAGAGCGCAAAGCAAAGAGGUACUAAGACAACGCCGGGUUCCAGCGCGAGCUCGUCCCCUGUUAAAAGUUUGAGCACCGACAGCAACGAAGAUGAGUGGGAGAAGGUGGAGGCGACUGACGAGAGCGACAGCGGAAUGGCGUCCAUCGAGGGCGGCGGGUCGCCCGCUACUGACCGGCCUGCCUCGGAGAAACCCAAGGGUGAAGAUUGGGAGACAUGGGAGUAAUAUAAAUUUACCAGAAACCUGCUCAACCUAAGUUGUCUGGGACCCAUACACUCGCUCUGAACGGCGCAGGAAAACCUCGCUGUUAUUGCUCACUAAGGCGCACUAACUUAACAAAUUCAAACCUUCCCCACGAAUUGAAGGCAAGCAAGUAUCGUGCAAACCUGGCUGCGCUAUAUAACCUUAUCAAGAAACGAGGCAGAGGGCAAAAGUAAAAUGGCCUUGCUGGAAGACUGGCCGAUCUGUCAGUAGCUCUGCACCUACCAAACCUGGAGAUUUUAAUUGUAUUCGUCUGAUUACAUUCGAUACCAUUUUAUGAAAAAUUUUACCGUUAUUAUCGGAGUAUUUUGCUCUUCUACUCGUUCGGUGGUCAGAAUGAUUUCUUAUGUCUGGGUGAUUUUCAACAUAAUUGACGUUACUAUAUCUUCUUGUGGGUCAGUGCUCACACCAUAGACUCACUCAGAUUAUUAAUAAUGUUGAGGAAAGUAAAAUAAACAUUUAUAUCAGUAAUUAGUUCCGUGUGUAUGCAAAGAGUACGUUAAUUUGUUGGGUUUCCGUUGGGGUUACAAAACGAAAAUUCAUGCGGGUAAGAACAGAUUUAUAUCUUCAACUCAGACGCUCAUGAAAGCCGUCCUUGAACACAAGGAUGUAUUUAUCAAAGCAGUUUAAGUUUAACAGUCGUUGCAUCCAAUUUAGAUUUCAAUAACACUGUAGUUAAUCGAUACAGGAGUACAUAUGCCUGCAAUGAUAGGCCUCUAGUGCAGGUUUUUACAGUUCUAGCAAAUUUAUCACUAUAUUUUCUAUAAUCUAUUUCCAGGUAAUACCAAACGAAAAUAAUCUGUAGUUAUUUCUGACGAUGUCUGCCGGUAAUGACGCUUAAGUGGCGUUCAUAAGUGGUUUAUAUGAGAACUACAAGGGGGCUUAGAUGUCGGAACACUGUCGUCUUGUGGCCGAUUGCUCCGCUGUUGCUCAGGAACAUAAUUGGACGCGAAUGAAGUUUAUCUGAAUCUCGCAUGAUUCUGAUUCCCGGAGCCUCACAAAUUGCUACUUAUUGUAGAUUUCCUUCCGAUUGAGUGAACCUUAAUUUGUUGCUAAGCAUGGGCAGCGUACGAAAUUUGUGUCGAUUGUUAUUUGUUGGACCAAUAAAUCCUGUAAUCCGCGUUAUUUCUGUCAUACUGCGAUGAAGAAUUUGUUGAGAAAUUAAUGGGCAAUUAUCUGCCAAGACGCCAAGACGAAUUUCCACUUGGGCAAAGACAUGAUUAUUGUUCUAUUAUACUUUUUCUUCACGUCGGUUUCAAGCAUAGUGAGUCAAAACAAUGUUUUAAUUAAUAUUUAUACAUUAUAUUCAUGCUUAUCUCUGGCCACUCCGGCUCUCGUACCAGAGAAGUUUUUACUAUUUGACUUUUAGUAUCUUGCUAAUUUUCAUUUUACUUCCAACAAAGGCAACUAGCUUCGUAUACUGGGCUUCGUCUCUACGCCAUGUUUAACUUGCUCUUGCUUUCGUAUUCCAAACUUGGUGCAGAACAUUUUGCGGGCUUCCUAGCGUAAAGUGCUAGCAACGAACCACAUUCUUUUGUGGUUUGUUGUCUCCCAGUCUAUGGCUUUAAUGCUCGUUUACGUCUGUCUUAUAAUAGAAUAAAUACAUCAUUGCCAACUCAUUUUAUUGUGGGAAAACCCAAUUUUGCUUUCUGUAAAAAAAUGAUUUACCUGUAUGUUUCGGAAACCAUUGUUCAAUAGCACAACUCGUUGCUUAGAUUAACAUUUAUUUUUUACGUACCCGAUGGCCGAAAGUUUUAUUCAUUCGAGCUGCUCCUUUUUUUUAGAAGCUCGUAGUGUGUUCUUAUUCUAUGGUAUACAAUUACGCUGUAUUCGUACAUAAUUUUGAGCAAUUAACUUGUAUAAGAGGAAUAAUGCGUAGAAGCCCUCUACUUUGUCAGGUUCCUCAUUCAUGUUUUUUGUUAGCGAAAAUAGUUGGGCAAAAAGGUAACAUUGAGCAGGUUGCAGAUUGUGAACGUUGGGUGAAGUAUACUCUUCCUGAAUUCACUCGAGUAAAUUUUGGUGGAAACUCCACUCUGCUCACGAUAAUCAUAGGCUUUCAUUCGGCUGAAAAUUGUUUAAGUUCAAAAAGUUUACGUACUCGGUGACUUCCUCCAACCUCACUAUCAGAGAAAUUACAUGUGCUAUCUUGCGGUCCUGUUAUUCCAGCGCUAAUAAUUUGUUUUUAAUAAUUGUAAGUUUAUUACGUUGUAGCGUGUUGUUUGCACAUCACUACCCGCUAGCAAACUUUAAUGCGACAAUUGCGCCUUUAUAUAUUCUUUUUUAUUACUUUAGUAUUGUGCUACACUUAUUCGAAUUUAUCUCAUAAGAUCAAAUUAGAGAUUUCAAAUCCAUACCUAGUUUAAUUGCUUUCUAAAGUCUUCUUUGUUAUUUGUGUGUGUUUCUUGUUUUUGUUACUAAUGUCUGAUUUUUCAAGAACUAUAGGAUGACUUAUUUUAGUUUGAAUCUCUGCUGAGGUGGCAGUCCCGUGUAAUUUGUGUAAUGAAUUGUCCCAGACUUCUAGCUUGGGUAAGAGAUUUAAAUUAGUUAAAAGAUCUCUCGUCGUGAAGUUACUGCAUUUUUGAGUCAUGUGACUGAUACCAAGUAAGCUCCAAGCAAGUUGCGACGAUAUCGAGGCUAUAAUAAUUUGAUUUUAUUUACAAUUACCGAAUAGCUCAGACAGUGAUCAGAUGUAAAUAGGCUCGAUUAUUCUGUGCAAUAUUGUAAAGUCGUAACAGUUAUUGAUUCAAGGUAGGGAAGUUUGAAUUACUUUUUAAAGGCAGGUCUUAUGAGAACUAAUGAUCACAGCAUACUAUUCUUUGAUAAUUAAUUCAUCCUUUUCCUUCAAACUCUGAACUUUAGAAUGGGAAAUAUAGUUUUUUUCCGCCAUGGUAAGCUAGUGCGCUAUUCUCUCAUACAAUGUCUUGAUAACAAUUGCAAUGUAACGAGGGCUUUUUCGUGAUGUUGAAUACGCAUUUGGUUAUAUUGAA